UCUGCCCCCGCAGUAGCGCGCGUCUCCCACAGUGCUGGGGCCGUCGUCACUCCCCCUCCCCGGCUUCGCGGUUUCCCUCUCGGGGCUGCGGGGCUCCUGGGCACGGGGCUGGCUGCGGAGGCAGGCGGGGCUCGUUUCCCGGACAGUAGCCCUCAGCGGCCCCGGCCGCCCGGCGUCCGCAGUGGCGUUCCUGCAGCCCGCCCGCGCACUGACCCCGGGCGGGCCCGCCAAGUCUAAGCGCACCUCGGGGGAAGCGACGUCGGAAUCCCGACCGCGGCCCCCCGCCCGGGCUCCGAGCUGUCAGUCACGGCGCCGAAGCCGCUUCUUCCGGCGCUCUCGGGCCCGCCCUCUCCCCUCCUCCCUCCCUCCCUCCCUCCCCCGCCCCUCCCCGCGCGAGUGUCUCCCUCUCCCUCGCUCCCUCUCUCUCUCUCCCUCUCUCUCUCUUUUGUGAGUUAUAGCAACCGUUGCCUUGUGAAUCAAGCGCCAUAGUCACCGUAGUCCUGGCGACUGUUACCCAUCAACAACAACUACUCCUCUCCUCCUCCUCCUCCUCUUCCUCCUCCUCCUCCUCCCCACCACCACCAUCUCCAUCACCCACCAACAACACCACAAUAAUCCACAGCCAAGGAACCCUGUUUGUCCGUGGUGCUAUGGAAACUAUAAGAGAACUUCUCUCUGCUGUCUAUCACCUAGCCCCUCUGUCACCUCCAGCUGUCUCAGAGACCAUCAUGCAGACUUCAGAGACGGGUUCAGACACAGGUUCGACAGUGACUCUACAGACAUCUGUGGCUAGCCAAGCAGCGGUGCCUACCCAGGUGGUACAGCAAGUGCCAGUCCAGCAGCAGGUGCAGCAGGUACAGACAGUUCAGCAGGUCCAGCAUGUCUACCCAGCUCAGGUGCAGUAUGUGGAAGGAAGUGACACAGUCUAUACCAAUGGAGCAAUCCGAACAACAACUUAUCCCUAUACAGAAACACAGAUGUACAGCCAAAACACUGGAGGAAAUUACUUUGAUACUCAAGGAAGUUCAGCACAGGUGACAACCGUGGUGUCCUCCCACAGUAUGGUGGGUACUGGUGGUAUUCAGAUGGGCGUCACAGGAGGACAGCUCAUCAGCAGCUCCGGAGGAACCUAUCUGAUUGGCAAUUCAAUGGAGAAUUCUGGUCACUCAGUGACACACACAACUCGGGCCUCCCCAGCAACAAUUGAAAUGGCGAUUGAGACGCUGCAAAAGUCUGACGGUCUGUCCACUCACAGAAGCUCUCUUCUCAACAGCCAUCUCCAGUGGCUGUUGGACAACUAUGAGACAGCGGAAGGAGUGAGCCUUCCGAGAAGCACUCUGUACAAUCACUAUCUUCGACACUGUCAGGAACACAAACUGGACCCAGUCAACGCUGCCUCGUUUGGAAAAUUAAUAAGGUCCAUCUUUAUGGGGCUACGAACUAGGAGAUUAGGAACUAGAGGCAACUCCAAGUACCAUUACUAUGGGAUUCGUGUGAAGCCAGAUUCUCCUCUUAAUCGUCUACAAGAAGAUAUGCAGUAUAUGGCUAUGAGACAACAACCCAUGCAACAGAAGCAAAGGUACAAGCCUAUGCAGAAAGUGGAUGGGGUUGCAGAUGGUUUCACAGGAAGUGGCCAACAGACAGGCACAUCUGUUGAGCAAACUGUAAUUGCCCAAAGUCAACAUCAUCAACAGUUUUUAGAUGCAUCUCGAGCACUUCCAGAGUUUGGAGAAGUUGAAAUCUCUUCUCUGCCAGAUGGAACUACCUUUGAGGAUAUCAAGUCACUGCAGAGUCUUUAUCGAGAGCACUGUGAGGCAAUAUUGGACGUUGUUGUGAAUCUUCAGUUUAGCCUGAUAGAAAAAUUAUGGCAAACGUUCUGGCGCUACUCUCCCUCUACUCCAACUGACGGCACUACCAUUACUGAAUCAAGCAAUCUGAGUGAAAUAGAAAGUCGACUUCCGAAAGCAAAGCUGAUAACUCUGUGCAAACAUGAGUCUAUCCUGAAAUGGAUGUGUAACUGUGACCAUGGGAUGUACCAGGCUUUGGUGGAGAUUCUCAUCCCCGACGUCCUUAGACCCAUUCCUAGUGCCUUGACCCAAGCCAUUCGAAAUUUUGCAAAAAGCCUUGAAGGUUGGCUUUCAAAUGCCAUGAACAAUAUUCCACAGAGAAUGAUACAAACCAAGGUUGCCGCUGUAAGUGCCUUUGCCCAGACUCUGCGAAGAUACACAUCGCUCAAUCACCUGGCCCAGGCAGCCCGUGCCGUGCUUCAGAACACUUCUCAGAUCAACCAGAUGCUCAGCGACCUUAAUCGCGUUGACUUUGCCAAUGUCCAGGAGCAGGCUUCCUGGGUGUGCCAGUGUGACGACAACAUGGUUCAGAGACUGGAAACAGACUUCAAGAUGACGCUUCAGCAGCAGAGCACACUGGAGCAGUGGGCGGCAUGGCUGGACAAUGUGAUGAUGCAGGCGCUGAAGCCCUAUGAAGGAAGACCCAGCUUCCCAAAGGCCGCCAGGCAGUUUCUGCUCAAAUGGUCUUUCUACAGCUCAAUGGUAAUUCGGGACUUAACCUUACGCAGUGCUGCUAGCUUUGGCUCCUUUCACCUGAUCCGGCUACUCUAUGAUGAGUACAUGUUCUACUUGGUAGAGCAUCGUGUGGCUCAAGCGACAGGAGAGACACCAAUAGCAGUGAUGGGCGAGACAUUCCUUGUAGAUGAAAAAUAUACUCCUAUCAUGGAACUCUUUAUAAGCAAACUUCCGAAUUUUGGUGAUUUAAAUGCUGUGUCUCCUGGAAAUCUGGAUAAAGAUGAAGGCAGUGAAGUAGAAAGUGAGAUGGAUGAAGACCUGGAUGAUUCUUCAGAGCCUCAGGCCAAAAGAGAGAAAACAGAGCUGAGCCAGGCGUUCCCAGUGGGCUGCAUGCAGCCAGUCCUGGAGAGUGGUGUGCAGCCCAGCCUCCUGAGCCCCGUGCACAGCGAGCACAUCGUCACGAGCACACAGACGAUCCGGCAGUGCAGCGCCACGGGCAACACCUACACGGCAGUCUAACAGCACGAAACAGUGUCUCCAGCUUACUUUUACCCUGGGCUUAAGCUGAAAUUUUAAUAAGCCUAAAGGUUGACUGUUGUCAAAAGUCUGUCUGUGCUGAACAUUACCUUUUUGGAGUUGUGAAAUGGAAUGAGUGUAUGUGUUUUUCCAGGUUUUUUUUUUUAACACAAAUUAUUUGCCUUUUAAUAAUAGGAGUUUCUCCCCCACUCCCCCUUAGUUUCAGGUGUCAAGAAGGAUUUUUACAACACGUAAUGUCAUUGUUUUUGUUUUCUCAUACUUAAAAAGUAAUUUACAUUUUGUAGCUUAAAAAUAUUUUAUUGUUGAUUGUUAGUCUUGGUGUAUGAUUUUAUGUGUAAGUUUUUUAAUUAGAUGCACUUCUGUGAAAUAUCAAAAGAAAUGAAUUUCUUUGAUUUACACUGGAGGCAUGCCCAUUUGGCAGCAGAUGCAUCAAAUUUGCUUCUGGAAGGUGCUUUUCAUUGGACAGAAUCAUAAGACACUAUUUUGAUAACAUUUUGGAGUAUGGAGAGAAUACAGAGCGUUUUUAUUAUAAUGGUAGAGGGUUGGGAAGGUCAUCUAUUUUUCUCUGAAAAAAAAUGAGCUGUGCAUUUAUCAGUUCAGGGUAAAUGACAGAAUGGCAAGAGAUUAUGCUAAUAUGUACAUAAUUUGUGUACAUAACUAUUAAACCAUGUUAACAAUGCAAGCUUCCGUUAGACAUUGACUUUUAGCUAUUAUUUACAUACCAAUUCCUCUGUUUAAAGACUACUGAUUCUGUAUUGGGACCACUGCACAGAUGCAUUCUGCUGUUAAGUGGGGCUGUUAUAGUUAGAUACUGAAGCUGAAAAAUGACUUGACUUUUUUUUUUAAGUGUACAUGCUACUUAUACUGAGCUGGACAUACAGGAAACUAUUCCAUUUGGAUGACUUUCUUUUAUUCCAGGUCUUUUUUCUAAUAGUAGUUCAAUAUGCUGCUAUUAUAAAAAAUGUAUAGAAUGCGAGGAAUGUAGCGACCUGCAUAUUGUUAUUUCCUGGUUUCUAAAGUACAUGGAUUUAAAUUUCACACAGAACCUGAAGGCAGUGUGACUGGCACACCUCACUGUUGCUGACCCCGAUUCUGUAGGAUGUGGAUAGGUGGCUGGAUGGACCAUUGCCAUUGAAGAAUGUACAUCAGGGAUCAUCGUACCUCGGCUAUUACAUGGUGCCUUAAAACAGAACUGAGCUAAGGUUUAGUAAGGUUUAUUUUGUUCGCGAAUAACUCUUCAACCCAUUUGGUAAAGUGUGCCUGUCGUGCUCAGACUCCUGAAGUAAGGACAGGCCGCAUGCUCUUCAAGGGGAAUUGAGGGGAAAAUGAAGCAACACAAAGAGACAAAAACUUCAGUUUCUCUCUGAGUGACUGGGAGUGGACUUGUCUAUGUUUUAUCCUUGGAGCUGAAUAUCACUUGAUUAUAAAUCAGAUUGCUAAGGGUGUGGACUAACAGGCUAGUUUUCAUACAAACAUGUUACAUAAAGGUCAUAUGUUGUAGACCAUUCUUAUCUAGUCACAAUUCUGGAAAGCUAACAGAAUGAGCAGGUACUUAUUGAAGUGCAUCUUUUCAGUCUACAUGUCUGUCUGUGUGUCUGUGUGUCUCUGUAUACACACGCACACAUGCGCACACACACGCGCACGCACUCACCCAUGCAUGCACGCACACACAUGGAGCAGGAGUCUGCUACAGUCAGAAGGUGAGACCCUAAAGAGCACAGGCUCCUCAUGUUUUAUUUUGCAUGAAAACCAAGGUUCUUUUCAGAACUCAAAUUAACAACAACAACAAAAUAGGACACAUUCUUUCGUUUAAGUAACUAUAAAAAUAAAUCAGUGAAAGUCAAUAAGUAAGGAAAUCAAUAAAGCCAAAAAAGAAAAGGAAAGCACAAAAUGAUGUUUAGAUCACUACUGAGGCCUGUAUUAAAAUGAAGACUUCAUCUUUCCAGUUGAGUUGGGUGGGGAGUGUGGUUAAGGAGAUAAGGCUGCACCAAUCUGGAAAGUUAAAAAUACCAAAUGGCUUAUCAGGAAACACAGUGUAUUGAAACUGUUAUUGCCUGAUUGUCUCAAACUUCUGAAGAUCAACAGCAUUUCUUACAUUAAAAUGUCAUAAACAUAGUUUUUAGUGGGUUCUGAUUUUGUAUCGAGGAACUUACACUUGUCUUCACUGGCAUCCAAGCAUGACUUCAUUUACUGAAGAUUCCCAAAGGCAAUGAAUUUGCAAACCCCUCCCCUGCAUAAUCCAUCAUAAGCUCCAAAAGACCAUGGAUCUACUUCAUUGUGAGUUAGAGAAUGUUUACACAUAAAAUUUAAAUCAUCACAUAGCUCUCUUCAUUUUAAUUCUCCCUCCUGAGACUUUCCAUUUCCUGUCUCUACCUGUCAUCAACAGAUGGCGUCGUGUCUGUAUUGGACCAAAUGUAACUACUGGUGUCACUGUGUUUAUUGGUUGAUUUUUUUAAAUGUAUUUGUAUCACUGCUUCAUUUAAUUUAAUGUUGGAGAUACUUGUAUCAUGAAAGGAAUCUGCUAACAAUGGAUAGAUAUAGACUCAUCAGAGUGAGGGACUGAGUGGCCCUCCAGAAUUCCACAUUUCUUCCACUUGUUCAUGGUUUAUUCUAAAGUAGGACAGAGGAGAUAUUAAUAAGCCUUGUUAUAAUUGGAAUUGACUUGAAAAUAUCCUGAAAUCUUCUAUAAAUAUUUAGAAACAUUAAUCCUAUUACACUAGUGUAGCUAGUUCUAGCCAGUGCACACAACAGAACACCAAUGGCUUAUGACACUUCUAGCUAUUUGUAGUACACACUUGGACACACAUCAAUUUUGGAUUUGAAUUGUGAAAUAUAUUAGACAACAAAACAGUAAUUCAUAUGCAGGCAUAAACUAGAACAAUCACAUGUGUUGCAGUCAUUUAAGAUUUGUUUCCAUUUUCCAUUCCCAGAAACUGACUUUUCUAAAAAUCCGCAUUACAUUGAGACUUCAUUGUGGACUUAUUGACACAAUACAGAUUUUAAGGACUUCUGGUAUUUCUUGACAUCGGAAUCAAAUGAUAAUCCUGAAAUACAUGGGUGCAAACCAAGUGCUACACUUCCGGUGAGGAAAAGGGAAGGGAGGUGCAUGAGCUGUUGGUACAUUUCAGAAGAGCUAUCUCCAUGUAAUACAAUCGAAUAUUAUAGGAAUUGUUUAAUAUUAGCAAACACUUGAAGAAUUAUAGUCAAAAGAUUUGCACUUCCAAAACCAGUGAACAAUGAGUGGAAUAGGUGAACCUUCUCCUGGGAACACAGGGCCCAGUUUUUGAUGUUUUAUUUCCUUUGGAUACCAAGUUACUAAGGAUUUGCAUCCAAAUCAUGUCUGGAUUGACUGUGUGAGUCUUACUGCCUUUUCAGAAAUCUGCGUUCCUUUUCAUGAUUUCCCUUGUACUGUAUAGCACGGUUCAUGCACCUCUCUUUAGAUGGUGUACUUUAAAAACAGAGGUAAAAUACACAGAUGGUUUUCGCGCUGCAUACAUAAAGUUAGUAGUGUGCAACAUUAACUGCCUUUGAUUUGUAGUAGAUGUGCAGAAUUGAGCACGUUCUUGCAGAAUGCUGGAGAUGUCAAUCAGGAGUGAGUACCGCUUCCAUGUUGUCCUCAUGGGUCUUUUUACAUGGACACACUCUCUAGAAGUGCUUAAUGCAUUUUCAGUUUUUAAAAGACUAUUAUUAUUUGAAAUGUCUAAAAUAACGCUGUGCUUGCAGCAUCGGUGUAAAAACAAACAAGUGUGUGACUGUGAUGGUCCUCCUUGUGUGGACACAGUAAAAAGUCAAAAACUUGACUAGUCACAUUUGUACACAAGGUGAGGCAGUGGUUAUCUGUAACAGAUUGACUUUGUCAUAACCUCCCUCUCCCCAAAUUAUUUUGAGCAAAUCAAACCAUUCAGAAAUGAAAAUCAGAACUCUCUGAUCUCUGUGGAUCGUGUCAGAGUAUGGGGGAGGAGGGCUGGCAUGCAGUGUUGUUGAACACCGGGCUGUGACUGGGUCAGAGCAACCUCCAUGUCCACGGUAGAGCAAACCCCUUAACAGAACCCUAGUAUUUCUGCGAGUCUGGUGAUUUUUAUAAGACUGGAAUUGAAGCAUUAAUUCGGUGCUGAGUUCUAGUCUUAGAAAAGCCCUUUGCUGUAAUGCCUUGUAUUAACCCUUUGAGCAUUGUAAGAUAUACAAUGGGGGAUAAAAGCCUUUCAGAUCAUUUAUUUAGACUUAAAAAAGUAAAAUAGCCUCUAUAUCCAAAUGUCUAAUUACACUGUUUUUUAAAGGGGGGGUCAGAAAAGAAAGUGUCUCCAUGCCGAACACUUGCAUUUUAUAUACAACUCUUAAUUUUACUUCAAGAGGGCUUGAUAUAUUUAUUCCCAAAUAUUCACUGCCAUCUAAGUAAGUGUACUGUUUACAGAAGACAAAAAUCAGCUUUUCUAGCAUCACGUGACUCUCUAGAAAAGGAGGACACAGACAUUGGCCUGUGCAGGCCUAUGUCGUAACUGAUUUCUGCACACUGGAGAUACCUGAUUGCCUUUAAAAGGUAUAAUAAAAUAAAGGGUUACAUUUCUUCUUUUUUCCCAAAACAGAAGAUCUCAUUUAUUUAGCUUUAGAAAGUACAAAUGUAAGUGGAGCCUUAGGAAGAAAUGAGUUCCUUUAAACACAACUGAACUUGGGAUAGUUAGGUCUUUGAAGUUGCAUCUGUCAUAAAAUACUGUUUGGAAAUUCUUACGGGGCAUCCUUGUAUCUGUGCCCCAAUGCGUUAAUACUAAUAAGUCAGAGAGAGACAGAGUGGCGAGCAAGGCAGUCCCUUGCUCUGAGCUCUUCUGUCGGGAGAUGCUGUGACUACUGCUUCAGAUAUAUCUGAGUGUCAUUCUGCGUACAACAUUGCUGAUUUCUCCGAGGGAACUUCUGGACAGUUGAUCUGGUCCUCCCCCGUGUGACAGACCACAGAGCAAUGUUGUCUGCUUGUGUGCCCACACUGCCCUCGCUGGGCGCAAAUGGGAGUGUAACCUACUCCGAUGUCUGCUGACAUCCGUAGCAUAGUGCAAGUGUCCGCACAUUGCUUUUUAGGCAGUUGAGGAAGUCAGACCAUGCAAAUUACUCGUGUGUCAACAUGCAAUCCUCAAAGGGUUUUCCUUUAGCUCUCUUCUUUUGACUCUCCAUGAUGAUUUACUGUAAAUGCUUCUCAGUUUGCAUGCCUUGCCCAUUGCUGCUAGUGAUUUUAUGUGCCAGUAGACCUGAGUUUAGUUUACCAAUUUUACUUAAAUAGUAAAAGCCGCUUACAAAGUGACUGCCUAGGAUCAAUUCUCCUUUUGUUUAAAGGGAUUGGUGAUAUGUCUUCUUAAAAGAAAUAUUUUGUCUCUUUUAUUUGGUUCUGAUAUUUGAAUCUUUUCCCCUUCUUUCCUUUGUUUUCUUUCUUU